AUGGGGAAGAAAAGUCAAAGGCUGGAAGAGGAAAGUGACCUGGAGAGCUUCAAGAAGCAGUGCUUCGUGCUGAAGGAGGGAAUGGAGUACCAGAUAAAGAUCUCCUUCUGGGAGAACUGGGAGAUCGUGUCAGGCAUGAAGUACAUCCAGCACACCUACAGGAAAGGCGUCAAGAUCAACAAGACCGACUAUACGGGCCCGCGUGUGGAGUACGAGUUCCUGACGCCCAUGGAGGAGGCACCCAAGGGCUUGCUGGCCCCCAGCAGUUACAGCAUCAAGUCCCGCUUCACCGAAGACAAGAGAGACCACCUGUCCUGGGAGUGGAACCUCACCAACAAGAAGGAAUGGAAGGAUUGAGCGCCCAGAGGACCGACACACGGACGGAGCCUCCCUGUACCAAAGUGCUGACAGGCCACUCCCCGCCUGCGGCCCUGCCACUCAGCUCUGCCUGGCCCCUCAGCCCUUCUAUGCCCACAGCUUCACUGCCCAGCCCCUCAGCCCUCCUGUGCCCACCACCCAGCCCCUCAGCUCU